GUCGGGGGUUGCUAUCUUUGAUCUGGAUUAUGAUGCCAUUCUUGCUCCCAUGUCGGUUGUGUCUACUAGUGAUGAGCGUGACUGUUACUUGUGUGUUCCGCCUGACCCGGGCAUUGAGGCUGCUGCUCUAGGUACUGGUACGGCUGCUGCUCUAGGUGCUAGUGCGUCUGCUGCCCCAGGUGCUAGUGAGUCUGCUCUCUCACGUACCACGUCGGCUCAGGCCUUACACACCUUCACCCUUGACUCGGGUGCUUCCCUCUCCUUCUUUCGAGACCGCAUCACGCUUACGCCGCUUAGUCGGCCGGUUGCAGUCUCCCUGGCGGACCCCUCUGGGGGUCCUGUCCUUGCUCGCUUCUCCACUGUCUUACCGUGUCCGACAGCCCCCUUUGGCACCCUGUCAGGUCUCUACCUCCCCUCGUUCUCUAUGAACUUGGUGAGUGGUGCUGAUCUAGAGGAUGGGGGGGUUGACCAGUUCACUCCUGCGAGUCAGCGAGUGACCCACUGUACGUGUGCUUGGACGGCCACGUUCACCCAUCACCCGGGGUCGAGCUUGUACACACUGACGACUGAGUCUCCUCCGGUUGCUGAGUCUGGUCAGGUAGCUGCGUUGAGUCAGGUGUUUGCUGCAGCGUCCAGGUCUCGUCCUGAGUCUGCUCCCUGCUCGUGUCGUCUCCUGUCCCACCACAAUCUCCUCUGGCACCACCGCCUUGGUCAUCCCUCCCUGUCUCAUCUCCGAGGCAUGGCCUCUCGUGUCCUUGUCUCUGGUCUCCCCCGGUCCCUACCUCCCCUACCUCCGGGGCCUGCCCCUACCUGCGUCCCCUGCGUCGAGGGGCGACAGCGUGCCGCCCCUCACUCCUCCGAGUUUCCUCCGACAGAGGCUCCGCUGUAG